GGUUUGCAAAUAGCAAAUAUCUGAGAGGGAAAGGGCAUAGAACUUUUCGGUUUUGAGUGCCUUUUUAAGGUCAAUUUUCAAAGUAAUAUGAAUCAUCCAUUCAUCUAUGAUACAAUAUUAUGGAUCCUUUCGAUAUUAAUUGAUUUUUUCUUUCGAGAAGUUAAGACGAGAGGCGCUUUUCGAGUACCCAGAAAGGGACCUAUUCUUUUGGUUGCUGCUCCUCAUGCCAACCAGUUUGUUGAUCCUUUGAUUUUGAUGCUUCAAUUACGACGGGAAGUGAAUCGACGAACAUCGACAUUGGUUGCUGCUAAAAGUUAUCGCCAAAAAAUUAUUGGUGCUUUCUCUAGGGCUUUUGGUGCAAUUCCGGUGGAGCGUGCACAAGACUUAGCUAUACGUGGUAAGGGCAAAAUCUUCAUUUUACCCAAUGGGGACCAAACCGAAGUUCAUGGAAAGGAUACAGAGUUCACAAAUCAUCGUCCUGGGGACACAAUUAUUCUUCCAAACAAUUCCGGGAGCACUCACAUAGCCUCCAUUGAAAGCGAUAACUUAAUACGGAUCAAACGUGAAUUUCGUGAGGAAGAUGCUGUACGCGUGCUCCAUUCUGCCGAGGGAUGCACUUACAAGGUGGCUCCUGAAAUCAACCAAGCAGUUGUAUUCGAUAAUGUUAGACGACGUCUCGUUGAUGGCGCCUGUAUUGCAAUUUUCCCAGAAGGUGGCUCGCAUGACCGACCUGAAAUGCUUCCGCUAAAAGCCGGCGUUGCUAUUAUGGCCCUUGAAACCCUUUCUCAAAAUCCAGAUUGCGGCCUUCAAAUUGUCUCUUGUGGUAUGAACUACUUUCAUCCCCACCGGUUUCGUUCGCGUGCCGUUUUAGAGUUCGGCUCUCCCUUAUCUAUCCCUGAAGAGUACAUCCAGCUUUAUAAGGACGGAAACCGUCGCCAGGCUAUACAAGGUGUCUUGGAUAUGAUAUAUGGCUCGCUUUUGUCCGUAACGGUACAAACUCCCGAUUAUGAAACGUUGAUGGUUAUUCAAGCUUGUCGCCGAUUGUACAAGCCAGCUCAUGUCCAGAUUUCAUUGCCAAAAGUAGUUGAUUUGAAUCGUAAAUUAAUUACCGGAUAUAAUCAUUUCAAAAAUGAUCCCCGAGUAAUACGUUUGCAUGAUCGGAUCCUUCUUUACAACCGGCAGUUGUAUCGCUUGGGGAUUCGUGAUCAUCAAGUGCAAGGCCUUCGGUAUUCCCGAUUUUUGAUCUUGUACAAGCUACUUUAUAGCUGCUGUAAACUCUUUUUGCUAGCACUCGGCGCUUUGCCAGGCGCUAUCCUUUUUUCUCCUGUCUUUAUCGCUGCAAAACGCAUCAGCGUUCGCAAGGCUGAAGAAGCUCUGAGAGGAUCGACUGUCAAGAUUCAAGGUCGUGACAUUUUGGCUACCUGGAAACUACUGGUCGCGUUAGGAAUGACCCCCAUCUUAUACUCAUUUUAUGCAUUGCUUUGCUGUUACUUUAUUUACUCAUACAAAUUAAUCCCUCAUUCAAGUGUUUUUGUUUAUGCUAUCCCAAUAAUAUCUUCGGUCUUGUUCCCUAUGGUUACUUAUGCGGCUUUGCGCUUUGGUGAAGUGGCUGUUGAUAUUUAUAAGUCCAUUCGACCCCUUUUCCUUGCAUUAAUUCCUUCCAAAGCGAAUGCCGUAUACAUUUUACAACAUGAACGAGAAGAGCUCGUUGCUGAAGUAACAGACGUAAUAAACACGUUAGGACCGGAAUUAUUCCCAGAUUUCGAUGCCCAUCGUUUGGUUCCAGAAAAACAAGAGCGUCCGUCAAGGUAUACUCGUCGUCUUAGUUCUUCAGUCGAAUCCGAUGUGGAUAAUUUAUCCCAACUUCAUGAAACGGAUAUGAAUGCUGAUGCUAAAGAUUAUAUUCUAUCUCAAGGCGACGUAUAUUUAUAUUCGCCUUAUCCUCGUGAAUUAACAAGUUCGACCCCCGAGGAGGAAAUAGGCAACGAAAACAAGGCAUACCUCAUACGUAAAGCAUUGCGUGAAAGAAUGGGACUACGCAUGAGCCAAAAGAAUGACUCGCGAGAGUUUACUCCGGACGGGGUCUUUAGUGAAUCCGACGAUCAAUUAAGUGAUUAAGAUAACGAUAUGAUUAUAAAAAAAAAUAUUUGUUCUUGCUUUCGAAGAUCUUGUUCUACUUCAGGUUGAGAUGAAAAAAAAUGGGUAUUGUAAUUCUCUCUUUUGACAAAGGCAGAAUUAAUUACAGACGAUAAUGUGUUUCAAAUUAUAAUUGUAAUAACCUGUUUCUCCUUUGAUAUUAUCAAUGUUUCUCGGGAUAAUAAUGCGUGAUCAAACGUUUAAUUCAACUUGAAAGAGCACUGAAAAUUCAUGGAAGUGUUUUUUAUUAUGUGGUAUCUAAAUUCGUUCGAUGAAUUAGAUUGAUUUCGAAAAUCGAUUUCUAGUGGUGGUGUAAGCCAUUACUAAAUUCAUAGAAGCUUAUUUCGUUGCAUUUUUUAUAUUUCUUGUAUAUGUAAAAAGUCUGUUAGUUAAUACAAGCGAAUAAAA